AUGUCAAGUAAGGGAGAUGGAGCACCGGCAAUCGGAAUCGAUUUGGGUACAACAAACUCAUGUGUUGCUCUUUGGAAACACAACAGAAUCGAGAUCAUACCCAAUGACCAAGGCAACCGAACGACGCCAUCUUGUGUUGCUUUCACUAAUGCUGAACGGCUCGUUGGUGAUGGUGCAAAGAACCCAGCAAACACUGUAUUCGAUGUGAAGAGGCUGAUCGGAAGGAGGUUUAGUGACGUCCAGGGUAACGAGCGACAAUUUUCUACCGAGGAAAUUUCAUCAAUGGUUCUUAACAAGAUGAAAGAAAUUGCAGAGGCUUAUAUAGGUAAGACUGUUAAAAAUGCUGUCAUCACAGUCCCAGCUUAUUUCAAUGAUUCUCAACGUCAGGCAACCAAGGAUGCUGCUACUAUUGCUGGCCUAAACGUCCUUCGCAUGAUCAACGAGCCAACAUCAGCUGCAAUUGCUUAUGGUAUAGACAAUAUGUCGGGGCUUACUGGGAAGAGGAAUGUGGUCAUAUUUGAUCUCGGUGGUGGCACUUUUGAUGUCUCUGUUCUCACAAUUGAUGAAGUGGGUGCGUUUGAGGUUAAGGCUGUGGCUCGUGACACUCAUCUGGGAGGUGAUGAUUUUGAUAACCAAAUGGUGAGUUAUUGUGUUGAUGACUUUAAGAAGAAAUGGAACAUUGAUUUAACUGGACAAAAAAGAGAGCUAGGAAGGUUGAAAGCUGAAUGUGAAAAAGCAAAGAGAAUUCUUUCGUAUGCUACUCAAGCUUCAAUUGAUUCAGUGUUGUUGCAGAAUGGUAUCGACUUUUCAAUGGAAAUUAGUUGUGCCAAAUUUGAGGAGCUUAAUAUGGAGUUUUUUAUAAAGUGUAUUAAGCAAUUGAAGUUGUGUUUAGCUGAUGCGAAUAUGACCAAAGGAAGGAUAGAUGAGGUGAUUCUUGUUGGUGGUUCAACUAGAAUACCUAAGGUUCAGCGUUUGUUGCAGGAUUUUUUUGAUGGAAAGGAGCUAUGCAAGAAGAUCAAUCCUGAUGAAGCUGUUGCUUAUGGGGCGGCAGUUAUGGCUGCAAAGUUAUGUGGUGAAACUACCAAAAUGGUAAAGGAGUUGGUUCUAUUUGAUGUCACUCCCUUGUCGCUUGGUGUUGAGACAUUAGGUGAAAAAAAUGAGCAUUGUGAUCCCAAAGAGAAGUCCUAUACCUACAAAGAUGCAUAA